AUGGAUGUUUCCUCUAUAUGUUCUUUCCCGCCCUUUGGUAACGAAGCGAUUCAUUCCAGCGCGUCACUUACAAGAACUGAUGCGUUGACGAGAACUUCUUGUUCGGAUUCGGAUAAUAGCAAAAGUGUUUUGCCUCCAAUAUCUUCGAUUUUAUGUCCUUUGACACAAUCUGUUCCUAUGAAAACAUCCUUGAGUCAUCAUGAUGACUCAUCAAUGACUAUGCCUCCUCCUUAUUUACAAUCUUCUACCUCUAAACAUCAUCCGAUAAAUUCUGAAUCUCGGCUUGAGCACCAUGCGAGUUCUGUUAGUUCUCCUUCCAUCGUAAAUCGUGCGUCAGCUUCUCUCGAUAAUUUAUCACGAGGACAACCUUCACAGCAACAACAUACUCAUUGUUUAAGGACUUCACACUCAACCUCACCAAGUCCAGGGCAUAAUUCACCAGUUGUCCAUUCAUUAUUAAAUGUUCGUUCUAGUGAAUCAUCUUCCUCUCCAUCCCAACAGAUUUCCGUUCAGUCAAAGUCUGAAACGGUUGACCAUCCUCAUGAAAAUAAUAUUCACUUACAACACUCACAACCUUGUAAUCCAUCAGCAUGGGAGAAUCAACACACAUCUCUCAUUUCUAAUGGUUACCGGUCACCUCCAAUCCCACUAAGACCGCAAUCACAGAUAUCAUCUUCAAAUCCGACAAAUGUAGUGGCCAAUGAUGAAUUGAAGCAAAGUCCUGCACAGAAACCAUCAUCAAUUCAAUAUGGUACUAGUAGUUUUCCUUCAGAGUAUCAUCAUUAUCGCGCCUCUUUUGAAAAAGAUGUAUAUCAAUCAGUUUCCUUGAACAGCGAAAAAACUUCAGUUGAUUUGAAAAAGAUAAUUGACCAUUGCUCGCUGAUCGGACAAUUUGCUGCUCAAUACAGCGACAUGCGCAAUCAAUCAGGAAAUAGAUCUUUAAAUUGGCCUUCAACAAUUCCUAAUGAACCUGCUAGUAUCCCUACAGAAGCUCAUGUCACGGAAAUGAUUAAUAAAGCUUUUGAAGUGCUUUACGUGUUAAACGCUUUAAAAGAUGAAACUGUAAAUCGACGUGGACCGAGCGAAAUAGAACUUAUCAGGAACAAACGGACUACUUCAGGUGUAGCACCAACACGACCAAAAUAUCGAAAAAGAACUAAAAGACCUGCUCCUCCAGGAAGAUGUCAUUCUUGCAACAUACAGGAAACUCCUGAAUGGCGUCGCGGACCUGAUGGUGCGAGAACUUUGUGUAAUGCUUGCGGAUUGCCUCAAACUGCCAUGCAAGAACAACAACAACGUGCUUUACGUGCCCUUCAAACACACCCCUACGUACCACAACAUAUGUUGGCAUAUUCGUCCAAAAUUACACCUUUUCCUGGAUUUCCGACACAUAUGAUGACUCAUGGACAAUUAUUAACAUCGACCACUCAUAUUACUGAAAAGUGA